CCCCCUGUCCCGAAGCCCCGCCCCCUGUGGCAUCUUCCAGGAAGAAACCUCCGCUGGAGCGUAAAAGCGUCGAGCGGUGAAUGAACGUCUUUUUACCGGCUGCAAAGAGGCUCUUCUCUCCCGCGCUGCUGUGGUUCGGACGGAGGCGCAGUCAACAUGCUCAUCAAGGAGUUCCGAAUUGUCCUGCCCAUUUCAGUGGAGGAGUACCAAGUGGGUCAGCUGUACGCGGUAGCGGAGGCCAGCAAGAGUGAGACGGGUGGAGGAGAAGGGGUGGAGGUGAUCCGCAAUGAGCCCUACGAGAAGGACGGAGAGACGGGACAGUACACCCACAAGAUCUACCACCUGAAGAGCAAAGUGCCGGAUAUCCUCGCUAAGCUGGCGCCCAAAGGUUCCCUGGUGGUCGAGGAGGAGGCGUGGAAUGCGUAUCCGUACUGUAAAACGGUCAUCACAAAUGUCUACAUGAAGGAGAAGUUCACCCUGACCAUCGAGACCUGGCACAAGCCGGAUAUGGGGGAGCAGGAAAACGUACACGGACUGGACAAAAGCCAACUGGAUAAAAGGACAAUAGUUGACAUUGAUAUUGCUGACAGCAGUUGCAUAAACCCAAAGGAAUACAACAAAGAUCACGACCCGGCCAUCUUUAAGUCACAGAAGACCGGCAGGGGGCCUCUGGGGCCCAACUGGAAGAAAGAACUCGCCGAUAACCCCGACUGCCCUCGCAUGUGCGCCUAUAAGCUCGUCACCGUCGAAUUCAAGUGGUUUGCAAUCCAGGGCACCGUGGAAAACAUGAUUCAGAAGUUCGAGAGGCGUCUCUUCACCCACUUCCACAGACAGCUGUUCUGCUGGAUCGACAGGUGGUACGACCUGUCGAUGGACGACAUACGGCGCAUGGAGGAGGAGACCAAGAAGGAGCUGGAUGAGAUGAGGGUGAACGGGGACUGUAAAGGUUUGGGCGCUAUUGACGACGGCAACUGAUCGGCUCCAGCGGAUCUCCUUCGUGUAAAAAGAGCAUUCGAAGUUCCCGCCGUACCCAGAAACCGCCCGACGGGCAAAAUCAAGACACGGGCUUCCAAAUAAAAUUUGCUCUCAAUAAUCGCUCACUAUUGUAAAGCAAUUGUAUCAACCUACUUCAUUUGAACUCCACUACAGCAGCUUUUAUGUUAUUUUUAUUGGACGCGUCGCAGGGUUCGUUUCGGGGACGAAGCCUUCUUGCUUGUUCCCGUUGGGUCCUCUUGCGUUCUGAAAUAUUAGGUGUGGGCUGUCACUGAGGAAACACUUCUACUACUGCUAUCCCAUUUUAAUUGCAGUUAUUGUUUUUUUUUCUUCUUGAAUUUUGUAUUGUUCUCAGUGAUUUGUUUUUUUAUUUAUUGUUAAAAGUGUCUUCGUGUCACAAACGCUAGUUUCUAGAAUCUUUUCACAUUUGGUCUUGAAACUCCUUCAAUGUUUUCAUGUAAAUCAUCGUCACGUGGUGACAGGAGGCAGCACAAAUACAGCUAAUGUAAAAACUAUUACAUAUGAGACAUGUACUUUUAUUUAGGAUAAUAAAACUCUGGUGUACCUGA